AUAGACGCGCUCGCGCUCUCCGACGAUGUCGUCGUCGUCGAAGAAGCUCCUCCCCCACCGUCCCCGUCCUCCGCUUCUUCCUCCGCGGAGUGGACGAACCCUAAGAUCGCGUUCCUCUUCCUCGCGCGCUCGAACCUCCCGCUCGACUUCGUGUGGCACGCCUUCUUCCGGAAUGCCGAGGUGGGGAAUUACUCGAUAUAUGUCCACUCGGAGCCGGGGUUCGUGCUCGAUCGCUCCACGACGCGGUCGGCGUUCUUCUACGAUCGGCAGCUGAAGGAGAGCGUUAAGGUGUCAUGGGGAGAGUCUACUAUGAUUGAGGCGGAGCGGCGGCUUCUUGCGACCGCGCUUCAGGAUCCGGCGAACCAGCGAUUUGCUUUGAUCUCUGAUAGCUGUGUUCCUCUUUACAACUUCAGCUAUGUGUAUAACUACUUGAUGUCUUCUUCAAAAAGUUUUGUGGAUAGUUUUCUUGACAAAAAGGAAGGACGUUACAAUCCUAAAAUGUCUCCUGCUAUUCCAAAAGAGAAAUGGAGGAAAGGAUCUCAGUGGAUCGCUUUAGUUAGAAAGCAUGCGGAGGUCAUAGUUGCUGACAAUGCUGUCUAUCCUAUAUUCAAACGGCAUUGCAAGCGACGACUUGGAUUGGACGUUGGUCGAAAGAAUGCUCCAAAAUCAGCUGCCAAAAAGGAACACAACUGUAUUCCAGACGAACACUACGUUCAGACAUUACUAUCUAUGAAUGAGCUUGAACAUGAAAUAGAAAGACGAACUCUAACCUAUACGUUAUGGAACCAAUCUUCGAAUCAUAUGGAUAAGAAAACUUGGCAUCCAAUGACAUUUGAGUAUGCUGAUGCAAGCCCUCAACACAUUAAGGAAAUAAAGAGCAUCAACCAUGUCUACUACAACACGGAAUACAGGACAGAAUGGUGCCAAUGCAACGCGACACUGGUUCCCUGCUUCUUGUUUGCACGGAAGUUCUCCCGCGGUGCAGCUAUGCGGGUAUUGAGCGAGGGAAUUGUCGGCCCCUUUGAUGCCUCCGCUUUACUAAUCAACUCUUCAUAACAACCAUCGAAUGCAAUAUUUCAUAUACCCGCUUUAUACACUGUGGGACACUUUCAAUCGGGAAUCAUCUCUACGCCGAUGGCAUAUCCGAUGCACGGCGCGAGGAUACAUAGCGGCAAAUAUAUGGUAAAGAUAUGGUAUUUAACCAACACUAAAUACAAAUACUGAGAGUACUGUUGGCCUAUUUUUCUUUAGCUAUCUAAUAGUGAAGUAAACAUAUAGAGAUAUACUCAACCAUCAUAACAAGGUGAGAAGCUCUUUUUGUGUUUUUAACUCCCAUGCUCAUCUCUAGUAUUAAGAUAAAAGGGUUAAAAAGAGUAAAUUUUGUAAUUGACCAGCUUACCCAUAUUUUUUUCAUUUUCCUAUAGGAUGAAAAGAGAACCUGACUUUCUAUUUUAACUGCUUAUGUAUCAUAAUAAGAUUCUUAUGUAUCAUACUUAGUACUC